AUGGAUUAUCCGAUGAGAGUUGCCGGUGGAUUUGAUGAAGAAGACAAUGAUAACUCAAAUAAUGAAAAUAGACCAUCCAACAUGCGUUUUACAACUUAUCAGACAUCCGUACUUGAAAGAUUCAUAGAACAAGAUUGUCAUCCAAGUAAGGAGCAACGAAGUCAAUUAGCUGAAGAGAUUGGGCUUGAGCCCAUACAAGUAAAAUAUUGGUUUCAAAAUAGAAGAACUCUAUUAAAGAAACAAAAUAGUAGAGAAAAUAAUAGUGCUCUUCGUGCUGAGAAUGAUGAUCUUCUUCAUCAAAAUAUUCAUAUGAAAAAGACAUUGAAGGCCAUACUUUGCACAACUUGUGGAGGUUCUCCAGUUCCCUCUAAAGAGCAUGAACUUUCAAUGAAAAAGAUGGCACAGCAAAACACUAGACUUAAAGAAGAGGUCAACAAAGCUUCUAGUCUUUUAGCAAGGUACUCGAGGAAAGAGAUAUCACUAGACGAGUUUAAUCAAUGUCUUGCUCAAACAAAAGCAUUUGCUAGAAAAUUAGAAGUUAAAAUUCCACCCAGGCAAGAAAUUGGUGGAAGUUCAAGUCAUAAUCACAAUCAUGGUAUGCUAGUGAAUGAACCAAAACAAAUUGGUGAUGUGGAAAAAUCAAUAAUAUCUCAAAUUGCAUAUAUUGCAAUGAAUGAAUUAGUGACACUUGCGCGUGUCAAUGAACCUUUUUGGAUGGACUCUUCUAAUGUGGAAGAUGAGAUAUUGACUCUUUCUUAUGAAAUUUAUGAGCAAGCUUUUCCAAAACCAAAUCACUUAAAAAGUGAAAAUGUAGUUAAGGAAUCAUCAAAGUAUACUUCACUUGUCAACAUCAAUAGCAUGGCAUUGAUUGACAUGAUAUUGGAUCCGGUCAAAUGGGUGAAGUUGUUCCCAACAAUUGUUUCGAAAUCUGAAAAAAUUAAAGUGUUUGAAAAAGGAUUGAUGGGAAAUCGAGAUGGAGCAUUGCAAUUGAUGUAUGAGCAAAUGCAUAUUCUAUCACCUCUUGUACGACCUCGUGAAUUUUCCAUAAUUCGCUAUUGUAAGAAAGUUGAUGUUGGAGUAUGGGUGAUAACAGAUGUGUCAUAUGAUUCCUCUCUACGAGAAAUUAGUCCUCUUGCUCGCUCUUGGAAACAUCCGUCUGGAUGCUUGAUUCAGGAAAUGUCUGUCGAUUUUUGUUCGGUUACUUGGGUUGAACAUGUGGAAUCGGAUGAUAAGAUCCAUACACACGACCUAUACAAUUAUCUUAUUGAUAUCAAUAAUUUAUAUGGAGCAAAAAGUUGGGUUAAAGAGAUUCAAAGAAUGUGUGAGAAAUCGGCCAGUUUCUAUGUUAAAAGAAUACCUGACCGAGAAUCUGAAGGAGUGAUCCAAACCAUUGAAGGGAGAAAGAGUGUGAUGAAGCUUUCACACCGAAUGGUUAAGAUGUUUUGUGAAAGUUUAUCCCUAGAAAGUAAAUUGAACUUUCAAAGCUUAAUUGAAGAGAGUAUUGGAGGAAUUAGCAUAUCUAUUGAUACAAAUGCUAGGGAAGGGAAACCAAAUGGCACAAUUAUUUGUGCUACUUCAACACUUUUCAUUCCUCUACCAGCUGAUAAAGUUUUUGAGUUCCUCAUUGAUCAUACCAAAAGAUUUAAGUGGGAUGUACUUGCGUACGAAAAUCCAGUGCAAGAAAUUGCACACAUCUCUAAUGGACAUCCGGGAAAUUUCAUUUCUAUUAUCAAGCCGUCGAUAUUGGGUAUUGAGAACCAGAUGAUGAUUCUUCAAGAAAGCUUCAAAUCACCAGUGGGUUCAUAUGUUAUAUUUACUCCUACUGAUGUUACAUCUCUACAAGUUGCCAUUAAGGGUGAAGACUCAAGAGGAAUGCAUAUUCUCUCUUCUGGUUUUGUUGUGUGCCCAAGUGAAAGAGAAGAUGGAAACUCUAAAGUUGGUUCUUUGUUGACUCUAGCUUACCAAAUUCUGGCCUCUAGCUCAGAAGGAACCAUGAUGUUGAGUACUCAAACUGUAUCAAACGUUAACAACCUUUUGACUACUACCCUUGUCAAAGUGAGAGAUGCACUCAUGAUGAUGUAA